AUGAGCGAAAUAUUUGAAGGAUACGAGCGUCAAUACUGCGAGCUCUCUGCUAAUUUAUCCAGAAAAUGCACUGCUGCUCUUGCUCUUCAAGGAGAGCAAAAGAAACAAAAGAUUUCUGAAUUAAGAACUGGAUUAGAGGAUGCUGAAUCUUUGACUCGGAAAAUGGAUCUGGAAGCGAGAAAUUUGCGGCCGAAUGUGAAGGCUGUUCUUUUGGCUAAGUUGAGGGAGUAUAAGUCAGAUUUAAACAAUCUGAAAACUGAGGUUAAAAGAAUUGGUUCUGGUAAUCUCAAUUCAGCUGCCCGUGAUGAGCUCUUGGAAGCUGGAAUGGCUGAUGCCUUGACGGCCUCAGCAGAUCAAAGAUCAAGAUUGAUGAUGACGACAGAAAGACUAAAUCAUUCCGGUGAAAGAAUUAAGGAUAGUAGAAAAACUAUGCUUGAAACAGAAGAACUUGGUGUUUCAAUUCUUCAAGAUUUGCAUCAACAGAGACAGUCUCUCUUGCAUGCCCAUAACACGCUUCAUGGAGUGGAUGACAACAUCGGUAAGAGUAAGAGAGUAUUGACUGCCAUGUCAAGGAGGAUGAACAAGAACAAGUGGAUUAUUGGUGCCAUUAUUGCUGUCCUUGUUAUUGUCAUCAUCUUGAUCUUGUACUUCAAACUCAGAUAG